UUCCCAGCAAUGGCCUUAUUCCUGGAGUUGCUGUUCCUGGCUCUUGUGUUGCUUCCAUUCUUUCCUGCAAAUGGACGGGAUCCAUCCUUUACUGCUUUGCUAACCACUCAAAACCAAGUCCAAAAAGAGAUUGUAAAUAAACACAAUGAACUAAGGAGAUCAGUCUCUCCACCUGCCAGCAACAUGCUACAGAUGGAAUGGAACCGAGAAGCAGCAGCAAAUGCCCAAAAGUGGGCAAACAAGUGCACUUUAAAACACAGCGUGCCAGAGGACCGAAAAACCAGUACAAAAUGUGGUGAGAAUCUCUUUAUGUCAAGUUACCCUGCUUCCUGGUCAGAUGCAAUCCAAAACUGGUAUGAGGAGAGCCAUAAUUUUGUCUAUGGUGUAGGACCUAAGAGUUCUGGUGCAGUUGUUGGACAUUACACCCAGGUCGUUUGGUACUCUUCUUACCAUGUUGGAUGUGGAAUUGCCUAUUGCCCCAAUCAAGAAAGUCUAAAAUACUACUAUGUUUGCCAAUAUUGUCCUGCUGGCAAUCUUCUUAGCAAGAUUCAUACCCCUUACCUAAAAGGCGAACCUUGUGCCAGCUGCCUUCAUCACUGUGACAAUGGACUAUGCACCAAUACUUGUGAAUAUGAAGAUGCUUAUUCUAACUGUAAUGCUUUGAAGAAAAGCUAUACCUGUAGCCAUGAUUUCGUCAAGACAAAUUGCAAAGCUUCCUGUGAAUGUGAAGACAAAAUUUAUUAAAUGCCCAAUACAGACUGAGCAGGGCUAAGUGAAGGAGGACCACAUCAUCUACUUAUUUUUGACAUUAACACAGAUGUUGUAAGCAUGUUAGCUAUAAAUUUUAUUGCAAAUAAUGAGUCUUUUUCUCUUGGAUCUACUUUUUAUUUUACAGAAAUCUCUUUCAUACAAAGGAUUAAAAAAUAACAUAAUCUAUGAUUAUCUGUUGCUCAUGUAAAAAUCAUGAGCAAUAAGGAAAUUCUGACAAAGCAUUAUGGACCAGAAGAGACUAAGAAAACAUGAGAAUAAAUGGAAUGUGGUCUCCUGUGUCAGAUCUUUGAACACAAAAAGGUCAUUAGUGGAAAAAGUGGUGAAAUCUGAAUAGAAUCUGAAUUGUUUUUGAUAGUAACAUCCAUUCUUAGUCUUGACAAAUGUAUCAGAAUAAUGCAAGAUGAUAACAUUAGGGGAAACUAAAGCUGGGUGAAGGGUA